UCUGCACUUACCACAGAAAGCAUUCUGUGCGCUCUUCGUUUUUUGCAUCAGAACAUUUUUGAGCGGCAGGUUUGUCCUUUCUAUCAUAAUCUAUGGCACAUAUUUUAAUACGUACACCUCAGACGUACUGCACACACGCACACUUUCCAUAUUACUUUAUUACUUUCAAUUUCAGAGUUUCCAAACGUGAUUGGGUGCAUCGAUAGCACCCACAUUCCUAUUAAAGCUCCUUCAGUCAAUGGGGGAGACUAUGUUAAGAGAAAGUCAUUUCACAGUAUCAAUGUGCAGGUAACAAUUAUUUCCUGUUCAGAAUCGUUUGGUUUAAAGACCAUUAAACUCAUUACUGUUUCCAUUAACUAGGUAAUAUUUGAUGCAAUCCAUCUCAUCACUAAUGUUGAAGCCAAAUGAUCAGGGUCAGUGCAUGAUUCCAGAAUCAUCACUAUGUCACAACUUUUAACAGGGUAUGUGGUAGAUUACACAAGUUCAUGUUUUUACUGUAUUGUUUUAUUGUUUUACACAUUUCAGUCAUUACCUUUGUCAACGCUGUCAAGGAAGAUCACCACGAGCUGCUUAUCCUGGCAGCGGUCUUUGUGCUUUGUGCACCACCUACAGUAAAAAAACAUAAGUAAAUAAAAAUAUUAAAAAAAAAUAAAAAUAAAAUAAAAAAAUAAAUAUAUAUUAAGUACAAACCAAAAAGUUUUGAAAAACGCCCAGCUCCCACUCACAGACCACCUCACUCGGGGAGAGAGAGAGUGAGAGAGCGAGAGAGAGAGAGAAGGGGAGACAUGAAGGUUAGGACACAGUGUGAUAUAUGAGUGGUGUGACAGAGCUGUAGUCAGACGCUGCCACAGCUGCAGCUUCUCCUCCUCCUCUCUCUGAGGAUGGAGGCCCAGGACGGAGCAGAGCUCUGCUUUCCACAGCUCCUCAACGCCUCCUGCUGGAAGCCAAAGCGCCAUCAGUCUGACGCUGUGCUGCUCUAUCUGCUGUUCUUCAUCUCUGCGCUCACUGUGGUUCUCAACCUGCUGGUCAUCAUCUCAGUCUCCCACUUCAGGCAGAGAUCAACUUCUCAGCACACUUUACAGCAGCUCAUGGUUUUAUUAGUGUGACCACAAUAGGCAGAAGUUUUACUUUACUGAAUAGUGUCACAUCUUGACACCAGCUGCAUCUUCUGCUUUGCUGACACAGCUUUUGAACAUUACAGCCAGUUGAAGGUCGUAUCACUCUGCAUGAAUGAUAUUACAUUACAUGCUUUUGUGUCCCUGCAGGCAGCUCCACACACCCACCAACCUGCUGCUCCUCUCUCUGGCUGUGUCUGACUUCUUUGUGGGUCUUGUGGUGACACCGUUGCAGGUUUAUAGACAAACAUCCUGUUGGUAUCUUGGAAAUCGCAUUUGCUCUCUUCAGGGAUACGUGAGCUUCUCCAUCAUCUCUGCCUCAAUAGGGGGCAUGGUUCUGAUAUCAGCUGAUCGCUAUGCAGCUAUUUGUGACCCUCUGCAUUAUUCCACCAGAGUCACUGUGAGCAGAGUUAAAAAGUGUGUUUGUUUGUGUUGGCUGUGUACUUUCAUGUAUAACAUGAUAAUUUUUAGACAUGAGUUCAUUCAAUCAGGCAGGUUAAACUUUUGUUUUGGAAUGUGUUUGGUUGGCAUUGAAACCAUAACAGCAACAGUGGACUUUGCUCUGACCUUUGUUGUUCCAUUUUCCUGCAUCAUAUUUCUGUAUAUGAGAGUGUUUCUGACAGCAGUGUCUCAGGCUCGUGCCAUGCGCUCUCACGUUGCAGCCGUCACCCUCCAUCAUUCAGGGACUAAAAGGUCUGAGUUAAAGGCAGCCAGGACGCUUGGUCUUGUUGUCGCUUGGUUCCUAAUAUGUUUCUGUCCAUAUUACUGUUUUACUUUAUUACCACAUAUAAUACCUGCAGUCUCUGGUGUGUUUCUCUUGUGUCUGAGCCCCUUUCUGAACCCUGUGAUCUACGCCUUGUUCUACCCCUGGUUUAGAAAAGCUCUGAGGCUCAUUUUCUCUCUCCAGAUUCUGCAGCCUGGCUCCCGUGAGACCAACGUGCUGUAA